AUGACUCAAGUUCUGUUACAACAUUCAUGCAAUUGGUAUAACCAGUUGCAUCCAACUUUGAAUUUAUUGCAAGUAAAGGGUUUAAAUUUCUUGCCCUCUGGCUAUGAAUUAGCUGAAGAUUUGGAAGUGUGGUGUGAUCUGAAGAACUUAGAUAAUUUUGGCCGUUUUGAAUGGAGCAGCAAAAUUAAAAUAGACAUUGAUCCAAAUACGGUUGAAGAUGAUGAAGGAAGUCUUGGUGAAAAUAUUCUUGACUAUGUUAAUAACUUAAAUGAGGAAGAAGAAAUAUUGGAAGAGCAUGACAGGGUGAAGAGUAAUUUACCUGCUAAAAGUGAAUAUUCACUCUCAAAUGCUAUAGACGAUGAUAUAGGUGUUGCAAUUUCAAGAAAUAGUUUAAAAUUAUCUGACCCUCUUCAGUAUAAAACAAAAUUAUAUGAAAAGAAAGAGGAUUUAAAAUCUACAAAUCUAAGUGAUAAUAAACAAUUGUUAAGACAUUGUGAUCUAAAAAAAUCCAACACAAAUAAUUAUAUUCAUUCAAUUGAAAGAAUAAUCAGUAAUAAGGAUUUAAAACAAUUCAUAGACACUGAGGAAACAUUUAGAAAUGAAUCUAGAGAUAAAGCUCUUACAGGACAUCUUAGUUUUAUGCAAUGGCAUACUUUAAAAUCAUGUUUAUUAACAUUUUUAAAUAGUGACAUCUUACCAAGAAAGUUUCACAGACGAAUACUUAAAAUUUGGAAUGAUAAAUGUUUAUAUUAUAAAUAA